AUAGAAAAUAAGAGAUUUGCAUUUAGCGUCAUAGAAAAAUCAAAAAAAUCUAUUUCACGAAAAAGAAAACUCAUGUUUCUUAUGUCGCUGCGCCACCACGUCCACGGCCAGUGUCUCUGCCCUAAAUCAUAAAUUUUUAUUCACUUUUCUGAGUCUAUUAGAUGCUUUAGAAGGGCCUUUAGAUUAAUUUUUGAAGUUUUUAAUUGAAUGAAAAAAAUAGUAUUUCAUUAAAAAAAACAACUUUGUAUUGUUGCUUAUUUUUAACACUUUGUAGCUGAAAAUUUCUUAUCUAACAUUCUUAGUGUUAUUUACUCACCUAUAUAUUUCUUUACUCUUGUUAAAUGUAAACACUGAUAACAAUUUAAGCCAAACUUCUUCAUUGUUCAAGUGAUUCAGUUUACAGUGGAUGUUAAAAUUUCUCAUUUGUUAAAAUGAAAACUACUAAAUUUGUGCGUUUCGUUAUUUUCAUAUUGGUUCUACUUUUGGCUAUAUCACAGGAAGCUGAAGGUCGGAGAAAAAUCCUAAAAGGGCGAAAAGCUGUGACAAGGACGUACUACAGAUAUCCAGCGAUUCCAGCAUGGGCUAUUGUAUUAUUAGUUGGACUUGGGGAAUUAAUUGUUGGAGGGAUUUUAUUCGUAAUUUUGUACUUUUUGGUGGUGGAUCAAGCCCUUAAACCCCGCUAUAUGCGUGCUCUAAGUUCACCACGAUCAACAACACCAACACCGUGAUUUUUUAACACUGUUGUAGUUUUUACUGUAAUAAAUUAGAAUAAAAACCUG